GUCUCUCUCUGUGUUUUGUUUUUCGGCUGCCCAAGUAGACGGCGCGUAGUUUUUCACUUUGACGGGAGUUUUCCUUUCGGUCAUCGCCUCACACUCAUUUCUAAUUGUGAUUCGUAGGAAGUAAGUUCUCUAGUGCAAAAUAAAUAUUCAAGUAAAAUAGUUAUAAAUCGGAACACAACAAUAAAUACAAGCAAACACCACCAAGUAUCGAAAAUAGAAAAAUAAAUUUUAAAAAAAACAAGAAAAUAUCAAUCUUAAACUCGUCGCCCCCAACGUCUUUUGGUCUUCUUGUUCUUGUUCAACGUCCGUUAAAAGCCACGCAUCAAGAUUGAAUAAUAUUAUAUGUGGAUAUCUCGAGAUAUAUGUGUAAAUAUAUCCCAUGACAAGCGUAUACCAGAGAUAUAGAUGAUAAGGCAGCAGCGUUCCGGGAAAGCCACUUGCAACUGUAACUGUAAACAGUGUCCCCUCACGUAAGACGCUACGUAACGACCACGCAGCCUGAGAAUAACGUAUUGGAAGCAAUCGGAAAUCUAACGAUUUCAAGUAUCCGCCAGGCAGCAAGGAGCACAUCAAACUGUAUACAUGCGUGCUACAACUAAAACAGUGGAAACCAUCUCGAUAGUCCCAGCCGCCGCAUAAACGCCAUCCAAUUCGAUCCGUUUCGAUAAGGUCCAAUCUCAGCCAAAAAAAAAAUAGAAAAACUACCCGAGCCGCUCGAUCCAACGAACGGCAGCGAGAAUAACCUCUUUGGCCAGCGCGCACCCCCAAUCUCCAGCAACAGCCUCAACAUUCUGCCCUUCGGAGCCCCCAACUUUCGUCUGGAGACGACACCCGCAGAGAUGCACAAGAUCGCGGCAGCGCCGCCUCCGACGGCAGCGCCCGGCGGAGGACUGGAGACGCCCCUGGCGGCGCCCAAAUACGGCACACUCAUACCCAACCGCAUCUUUGUGGGCGGCAUCAGCGGCGAUACCACCGAGGCCGAUCUGACCCGCGUCUUCAGCGCCUACGGCACGGUAAAGAGCACCAAGAUCAUCGUGGAUCGGGCUGGCGUGAGCAAGGGCUACGGAUUUGUCACCUUCGAGACGGAGCAGGAGGCGCAAAGACUGCAAGCAGAUGGUGAGUGCGUGGUACUACGUGAUCGCAAACUGAACAUUGCACCGGCCAUCAAAAAGCAGCCCAAUCCUCUGCAGUCAAUUGUGGCCACGAACGGAGCUGUCUACUAUACCACCACGCCGCCGGCACCGAUCAGCAACAUACCCAUGGAUCAGUUCGCAGCCGCUGUAUAUCCGCCAGUUACUGACUUUACAGCCGCUGGAGUGCCAGCCAUCUACCCACCUUCAGCCAUGCAAUAUCAGCCAUUCUAUCAGUACUACAGUGUGCCAAUGAAUGUACCCACCAUUUGGCCUCAGAAUUACCAAGAUUUGUAAUUCAGGGCACCAUAUAUAUAUUUUAUACAGAGAACCACUCACCAAUGCUGCACCCGACGCCCACGAACCCACAUCAAACGCAUCCCCAGUCGCACCCACAAACGCCCUGCUGGAGUAUCGAGGAUCUGAGAGAUACCAUGCCCAGGGUAUAGCUUCCGAUGGAUGGGUUAUCGACGGUAGAAGUAGCAGAAGAGGGGGUUACGGCAAAGGAGACACAAAGAACUCGGGACAGAAGACCAAACUCUGCAGAAAAAAUCAAAAUCGGAAAAUAUCAAGGAGGAGUAGGGGACUGGAGAACGGGAAAAGGAAUAUGGUGUCCGAGGGUAGGGGACCUCAGAAGAAUCGUCUCGAAGCGAAUACGAACCGAAGCCAUGGCAAUAGAAAGUGGGAUCCUGAAGACACUGACGACCCCCCAUAAAGCCCCUCGGUUUCUAGUUACUUUCUUGUUUUUUUUUUUAAUUUCGAAACUUGCCCCACCAAUCCAAAAAACCUUCACGCUUACCACCCCAUCGGGGACCUCGUUACUUGUUCCUAAGUUGAGAAUGUUCUAUUCGUUUUUCGUUAAGUUUUUUUUUCCAGUUUUUCGUUUUUGGGCAGCAAAGGGGUGUGUAAACGAAUGAGCAAAAUGUGAGGGCGAGUAUAUAGAAAAGGGCCCAAAUUAGCAAGCGGGGUAACAUCAUCAUCAUCAACGUCGUUUCCCAUCACAUGUGACAACACCAUAGCCAUUCUGAAGCACAACCGAAGCAUAUCCUAAACUUCUUCAAAAUUGGACGCCCCAAGUGACUAUACAGCAGCAAAUCAUACGAACCGCCAAACCCGAAGCUAUAUCGCCCGAUCUGAGCUCUCGACCGACCCCCAAGCAAUCCUCUUGACUGAUGGACUCGCGCCUUAUAAGCAUAGCAAUCUGAAAAACGUUUCGGGCUCUGUUGCCUCUUCAGGGUCUUACGAUGAAUAAUAUCUUCGAUCCCUGUGUUCUUUUGAGUUAACUUUUCAAAAUUUAUGCAGUUUCAUCUUUAAUCUUGAUUCUUACUUGAUUUUUCGGACCUAAUGUAUUACCCAAAAUUCGUUUUAGUUUCUGUGUGUAUAGAAUUUAUUCCAAAUUAUAAUUGAAAGUGUUAAUUUUCCGAUUUAGAUUCUGAUUAUCGCAUGUCAUUCCUUAAAGCUAAUAAAAAAAGAGCCCGAAACAAAA